GUGGGGUAGAACAACCGAGUCGUCCUGGGGGCCCGCGGUGGCUGCGCAGGCGCCGCCAAUACAGGCGGGACCGGAAGGAAACGCAGGGCGCCGCCAUGACAGGUUGGUCGUAAAGGGAAUGAGGCAACUUGCCCGGUCUGUGACCGGAAGAAAGGAGGCAGGGACAGCUGAGCUGGGCGCCACCAUGACACCGUGCACCGGAAAAGGCGGGGCGCUCCUCCCUGACUGAUUUCGCACCAGCACCGGCCUCGAGAUGCAGGCGGCCCUGGAGGUCACUGCUCGCUACUGUGGCCGCGAGCUGGAGCAAUAUGGCCAGUGUGUGGCGGCCAAGCCUGAGUCAUGGCAGCGGGACUGCCACCACCUAAAGAUGAGUAUCGCUCAAUGCACAUCCUCCCACCCAAUCAUCCGGCAGAUCCGGCAGGCCUGUGCUGAGCCUUUUGAGGCCUUUGAGGAGUGCCUUCGACAGAAUGAGGCAGCAGUGGGGAACUGUGCAGAGCACGUGCGCCGCUUCCUGCAGUGUGCUGACCGGGUGCAGCCACCACGCUCCCCCUCGACUGUGGAGGCACAGCCGCUUCCUGCCUCCUGAGGACUCUUUGAGCCAUUGGAAAACGAUGUGAGUGGCCACUUGAUGCCCCUAUCCCUGAAGAGUGGCCAGGUGAAGUCAUGAGGACCCUGGAUGUGGGUCUUGCUUCUCUGGACAGCAGGACUCACAAUAAAUAAAGACUCUGUAUACUGGG